UGCUCUUUGGAGGAACGGUCCGACCUUUCUCGAGUAAACCCUCACUCUUGUAUCGCUUGGUUGAGAGGAGAAGGAACCCAAGAAAUCAAGGCACAAGGAAUCAAAACGACUCUUGAAAGCCUCAUAAUUUUGCUCUCAGCCAAAAGCAAUCACCAAUUCCCAGUGUCUGAACGAAUCAAGCCAAAGCAGAGAACACAAUCCAACUCAGCUCACAACAUCUAUAGUAUCUCAUCAUUUGUCUGCCAUAGAAACAUACAAACAAACAAACAAACUCCAACAAGAAGACCAGCUCAUUUAUUUUAUCAAGCAACAACAGUAAAUCAUCAUGUCAUUGUUAUCCUGCAACAGCCAGUCGGCCACGAUCUUUUUGGUCUUGUGUUUGGCCACGACAAGAAGCCAGGCAUUUUCCACGGGAAGGCCCCUGUCACUCCAGCCCCAAAAUGCUAGGCACUCCAUACCAGGGCGAGCUCCCGUGGAUGUCUUUUAUGUGGACGAAGAAAGUUCGGAAGAGCAACAACUGAUAACAGCCAGUCCGAUUGGAGAAGCCCUGGAGUCGUUUCAACUCAACAAGGAACUCAUUCUCGACCCAGACCAAGUCUACCAACAACAACAACAACAGCCAGUUCUCGUGGAUACCGAGACGGAAGAACUGAUACGACAGCAACAAGAGCUCUCUUCCGCUCUCUCGGAGCAUGACAUUCCACCAUUACCGACCAUGACAGACUUGAGAAAGUUUGCCUUGCCUUGCUUUGGUCUCUUGCUCAGUGGACCUCUGUUGUCAUUAGUCGACACAAUGUUUGUGGGUUUGGCCAGCACCACAUCGGUCGAACUGGCCGCCCUGGGACCCGCCACCACACUCUUUGAUUGUCUGACGUGGUUCCUUAGCUUUUUGAAUGUCGCCACCACCAAUCUCUACUCGAGUGCGCUCGCCAAGGGAUCCACCGAAGAGGCCGAAGGAGUCGUUCGGACGGGAUCUCGGGUCGGAUUGACCAUUGGACUCGGGAUCAUGACCAUUCUGAUUACCUUUUGCAAACCUAUCCUUGCUGGAUACAUGGGUCCCAAGGCAGCUGCCACUCCUGGAAUCCUUGCCGGUGCCAGUACCUAUUUGACGAUCCGUGCAUUGUCCAUGCCUUCCUUUCUCCUCUUGGGUGUCUUGCAAAGUGCACUAUUAGGAGCCAAGGACAGUGUCACUCCGCUCAAAGCCAUUGGGUAUUCGACAAUCGUAAACAUUGUCGGUGAUUGGUUCCUCGUCAAUCAGUUGGGCAUGGGGCUCAAGGGAGCCGCCAUUGCCACCACGGCCGCUCAGUGGGCCGCCACCAUUGCCUUGAUCAUUCCGGCUCGCAAGAAGCUCAUGGAAAGUGGCAAGCUCGGUCUUCUCAACUUGAAGCGAAAGAGUGCCAUCUCCGUCAAGCAGUUCCUCUCCUUCUCGGCUCCCGUCAUUCUACUCCUCGCUGGAAAGCUUGGCGUCUUUGGAUUCCUCACACAGGCGGCCGCUCGUGUUCCUGGAACCACCACUCCCUUGGCGUCCCAUCAAAUCAUCCUCAGUCUCUUUCUCUUUUUGUGCCCCUUUGUGGAAGUCAUCAACCAGACUGCACAAACAUUCCUUCCACCCUUUUACGCACCCGUCAAGGACCAUGUCGCCAAGAUGAAGCAAAGUGAUGCUACCUACAAGCAAAAAGAUGAUCAAGUCGUUGGAAAGUGGAACGCAGCCUCCGACAAGGUUUGCAACACAUUCCUCAAGUCCUGUUUUGUCAUUGCCGCAACCGUCGCCACGGCGGGAGCGGUUGUGCCCAUGUCUUUGGGACACACUCUGACAGGCGAUGUGGCCGUGCAACAAGCAUUGCCCGCUCUGGCCAAGUUCUUGUGGUGGGCCACCUUUUUGAUGGGACCCAUGAGUGCCACUGAGGGAAUCCUGUUGGCUCGCAACAAGGCGUGGUUCUUGGCUAUCAUGUACAUGGUUAGCACUGCCGUCUUUCCUACAGCCCUCUUUACCUUUGGCACUGGAAGCAUUGCCGGUGUGUGGACUUGCUUCUGCCUCUUCCAGGCAUACCGCGCCACCCUUCAGACCAUUCGUGUUACCGGCGUCACACCCAAGAAGAUUCUGAACAAGACGGCUCAAGUCCUCUCGGCACCCUUUGUGCGUCGUCAUCAUGGUCUCGCAGUUUAAGCAGAGAAGCAAGCAGGCGCAGAGGACGAACCAUCAGCUGAGGUCUUGUACAUAGAUUAGUUGACUGGCCGCAUUGGCUAACAAUCCCUGGGUUUGUGGAUUGCUAGGAAUGAUAAGGGUGCAUCGCGGGACCUCGCGGUGUCCCAACCGGUUUCGAGAGCGAACCAAAAGAGAACGAGAUUUGUGAAACGAUCAGGGAAAGAAAGAAGAGCGGAAUCCAUGUGAAAUGGUUUCACUCUUAUUAGAAGUACCACUCUUUGGGAGAAGAUAUUCUAUUUCAGCAGCGUCGGGAACAACAGAAUGGAACGCUUCUAUGAUUUUUUGAUAUGGCUAUGUAUUGUUUUUCUUUACUACUGUACCUCCUUAAUCGUAACUAAGGGCACUGUCUACCGAAGCUACUAAAGGCGCUCUUAAACC